AUGACCACAAUCCGGAAAGAAAACAACAUCGGGCAUAAUCUAAGCGUACUACAGGAUCGAUCGUGGCCGAUCCUCGCUCAGCAGACAGCGUGUGCCAAUCAUGAUGCGUUACGAGAGAAACUCUUCGAUUUUAUUCCCAAAAACAAUCAAUCGGUUAAUGGCUCAACACCAGCUGCCUCGACAAUACCCAAGAUUGAUCCAUCCUAUGCAUCGUACAAGGAUGUAGCAUCAAAUGUGUCUGGGACCUACCUAAUUCGUGCCAAGAGUGGAAGUCCCGUGUAUUGUGAACAAUUAUUACCCGUGUAUUGUGAACAACAGCAGUUUGGUGGCGGGUGGCUCGUAUUUCAGUAUCGAUACGAUGGAUCAGUGGAUUUUGAUCGUAACUGGACUGAAUUCAAGAAUGGAUUCGGAGAUAUCAAGAAAGAGUUCUCGUUAGGGCUGGAGAAGUUGCACCAGCUCACAUCGGUUCGUGCGUAUGAGUUGAUAGUGGAAUUAAAAGACUAUAGCGGCACAUAUAAAUAUGCCCGGUAUAAUAGAUUUGAGAUCGGAAGUGAAAGCGAGCAGUAUAGCAUAAAGACGUUAGGGACAUAUGGAACCGCUGGUGACUCUCUGGAGUAUCAGAAAGGGAUGAAAUUCACGACUAAAGAUCGCGAUAAUGAUGAGAAAUCGACCAAUUGCGCUAUAGAUUUUGAAGGGGCCUGGUGGCACAAAAAAUGUCAUCGUUCACAUUUGAACGGGCGAUAUCUUAACGUAGACAGUAUAAAACAAUUGAGUUGGUACCAUGUCCAAAAUAACCGUCAAGGAAUGAGCUAUUCAAGAAUGAUGAUUCGUCCCGUAUAG